CAGAAGACCGAACCGGCAACGAGUGAGCGAGAGAGUAGAGCUUCAAGAGUUUUGAACCAUCGGCUCGUGCCGGCUGGACGUGGCAGUGCUGCAGUCUGCGCAGUAGCGCAACGCGCCGCUGGUCGCGAAGCCCACCGCGUGGACGCUAGCGACAAGCAACGCGUCGCGACGAGCAGGCGAAGCAGAGAGGAAGGUCAGAAUCGACGCGUCGGGAAGCGAGGAGCGAGGCGAUGCGAUUUUGUUUAGUGCGCACUAGACCAGUCAGCGCGACGCGAUCGAAACUGCGACUCACGGUCUCGUCCUGGAUAUCAACGCUCUCAACUCCAUCUUUUCCGCGGACAGCUUUGCGUUCGAUGCGAUUUAUUCGGACUCGAGCAACAUGCCGAUGCAGCGACGCGCUCCGGAAAAGAUGAACUGCAACCAACUCGUCCUGGAGGUUUACGAGAGACGGCCGCUCUGGCAACGGAAUCACAAGCAACAUCAUAAUCGUGGCGUGCUCGAUACGUUGUGGGAUGAGGUCGCCGAGGUUCUAGGAUCCACAAGAGACGGAUGUCGUCGAAGAUGGAAAAGUUUAAAGGACAAUUUUCGAAGAGAGCUAAAAAAGACCGAAGAAACGAUGUUUAAAUCGACUUGGCCUCACUAUGAUUCUCUGCUCUUUCUGAAGGACCAAAUGAUUUCUUCCUUUCUCGCGGAUCCUUUAGAGCUGCAACCUCAGACGAAAUUGGAAGUCUUUGAAAACUCUUCCAAUGACGGGGAAAAAAUAGGAGAAGACUCGGAAGUACCAGAAUCGUAUGAAGGUGGCAAUUUUGAGUCAGUUGAUUCGCCACCCACAACUUCUGCAGCUCGUCCACGCAGGGGCCGAAGAAAGAGACAGAAAGUUAAGGAUGAAGAGCCUGCUGAGGAAAUUGAGAAUAUGGAUGACAUCAUUCCACCUCCGCAAAUAACACACGACUUUCCCAGAAAGGAUGUCGAGUACGAAAACACUUCGGAAUCGGAUGACUAUUUUUUUUUUAUGAGUCUCAUCCCUCAUGUUCAGAAUUUCAACUCGCUACAGAAACUGAGGCUUCGUAAUAAAAUUCAGCAACUGAUUAUAGACGAGGCGUCUGGAAUUAAUAGUAAUAAUACUAUUAGUCAUUGAUUAGACCGUUCCGGAUUUUACUUUCACUUUCCCUUAACUUUAAUAGCACAGUUUAUCCGUUCUUUAAAACAAAAAUCAUUACUGUAGGGGCGACCUGCCUAGAGUGGAUAAUGAUUUCUACAGUGGAUAACUAUUAAUUAAGAGCACAAAUGAAAUAAAAAUUAUUAAUUUUCAUUUAUUAACAUAAGUAGUUUCUUAACUAUUUUUCAAAUUAAUUAUUUAACAUAUAUUUGUAUUUUCGAUUAAUGAUUAUCCAGUGUAGGGAGAUUUCCUGUAACCGAUUUCAAGUUUAAUUAUGUUUAAAAAAUAAUAAACAUUUUCAAGGAAGACUUUAAUUCUCCGUUUAAAAAAAAUAUAAAUUUGCUUAAAAAAGACAUUUUUUAAUUUGAGAGUUACUGGUUGUAAGUGUUUAUUUUAUUAUACACCUCAUUUAGAAAUGUUAAUUUAGAGAAAAAAAGAUUCUCUAAAAUUGCACUUUUUCAUUCUUCUUGUGACGAAUACUUUGUAAAAUCUUUGAAUAAAAAAUUGGUGACGAUAGAAA